UUUCUUUUUCUAAAAUGAGAGAAAGAAAGCAAGAGCAAACAUGGAAAGCAGAGGCGUCCCUUUCAGAUCAAUCCUAGCUCAUUCUCUCUGGAUAACUCUUGUUGGAAUCCUUCUCUUCACUCUCUCAACCACGAAAAGACAUAACUUUGGUUACAUCAAGUUCUUUUCGGUAUCAGGAACAUUGCUCAUAACCUUACCUUGGAUGAUUCAACUUCUGGUCACUUCUGCUGUCAUUUUACUUUACAAGGCUAGAGGUUACAACCUGAUGUGGAUUGUCCGGUCACCGAAACCAUCCAACGAGAAUCAUCUCACAAACGUUGUCACUAUAUCUUCUUCAUCAUCUCCUCUACCUUCUGGCCAAGCUCUGAAGAAAGGUGACACUGGUGAGAUCGAGAUUAAAAUUGUGAUUCCAAAAAGCCCAAUGUCAACUCAUUUGGAGAUCGAAGGAAGCAAAAACUCCAAACUUCUCACAAAUGUAUCACAUGUUGCUUAAGUGUUAGUACUAUGUUCUUGUUCUUUCAUUUAUGUUAUCUUUGAAGACUAUGUUCUGAAAACUUCCUUACAAGUUUUGUGAGAUCUACUUUGUAAGUUUUAUUAAUAAUGAAUCAGAUUGCUAUUA